CAGGUUCUGUGUUUCCGGUCGGGACGAUUUCGGAGCGCACCGCUUGGCUUUCCCUCAUUGCCAAGAUGGCGGCGCCCGUGUUGAGAUGCUGCUUGAGAAGAGUUUUAGAACGGAGUCCUGUGUUCUCCAGAAAUGAUCAGCAUUCUACAUUGCUCCCCUGUUUCGCAAACUUGCUUAUUUCACACAGACACUACGCUGCAAAACCGGCAAAAAAGAAAAAAAGUGAGCCCCAAAAGAAACCUCAAGAAUCAGAGCCCAAGAAAAAAAAGAAACAAACCAGCAUUCCUUUACUGAAGGAACCAACAGAUGAUGUUUAUUUGACAUGGUGUUAUGAGAGGCCAGUUUAUGAUGCAGAAGAGGCUGUAGAUAUGCUGAAGAAAUUUCAACAGCUGGACUUCACUUCUCCCAACCAGCCCGUAUUUGCUGAUAUUACCCUGGACCUGGCAAUGGAUAAGAAGAAAACAGUGGAGCCGUUUGUCAAUACAGUGGUUCUGCCUUACCGUCUCACUGAGGAGAUCAACAAGGUUUUAGUAUUUACCGAGAAAGCAGAAGAUGCUGAAAUAGCAAGAGAAAAUGGAGCUGCAUUUGUAGGAGGGGCUGAAUUAAUCAAGCCGAUUUUUGAUGGUGAAAUCCAGGCGGAUUAUUAUGUUGCUGUGCCUACAAUGGCAUCUAAGAUCUUGCCUCUGAGAAGCACCCUGAAGAAAAAAUUCCCAAAGAUUAAAAAUGGGUCUGUUAGUUAUGACGUUGCUGAGAUGGUUCGCUUCUUCAAACUGUGCCAUGAAUAUGAACUACUAGAAAACGAUAACUUUAUCCAUGCUACAAUUGCAACGCUGGAUAUGCCUAAUGAACAGAUAGUUGCCAAUCUGGAUGCCAUUAUUAAGGACGUUUGUAAAUCCAAACCUUUGAGCUAUGGUCCAUUUGUGACACGGUUAAUCAUUCGAAGCUCAAGCAGUGAAGGCUUAGAUUUAAAGUUGGAGCGCUUCCUCCCCAAAGGAGCUGUGAAAGCAAAGGUGAAAGAGGUGGAAAAAGAAGAGGAAAAAGGAAAGGAAAAAGAAGAAGAAGACAGUGAUGAUGAAGGAGAAAUGCAAAAGUCUAGAUAACAAUCUAAACAAUAGACUUCUUACCUGAAUUACGUUAUUGGACUUGGAAUCAUGCAAGAAUUUACAUUUGUCUUUCUUUCAGGCCAAGCAAUAUACAAAAGCAUACAAAACAUUUGAGUUUAAUACCUAGUCUUGAAAAACAACCCAUUCCAUUGUUUGAGAUAAUAACGAGUUAGGAAAAUGAUCAGCACAGAAACACCUUGUCCCGUUCACUAGAAAGUGCUGCACUGCCUUCAAAUACUUGAACGCUGUUGUCAUGAAUUAAAAAUAUUACAUUUCAGUUGAUACCUGUGUAUCUUGGGAAAACUCCAAAUUCCCUUGGCAACAGGCUCUUGUCUCCACUUUUUAUUGUUGCUUUAAUAUCUCCAUUUGUUUAUUGAAUUGGUUCGAAUCAUUGCAGAAUCCUGGUUUUUAAAGUGUAAUAUUGCGUGAAACAAGAUCAGCUGACUCUACAGUGAUUUGUUUGUUUUUUGCUUUUUUAAUUAAGCACAUCUUAAUUAGAUUACUUGCCAGAUCAUUACUAUGAGUUUUCCUCAGCUUCUGGUGUAGUCUUAAUGUCUCAGCAAUCCCAUACAGCAGCAGUCUACAGCAGUGCCUCUCACGAUAUCUCUUGUGGUAAUUCAUUUUCUUUUCCCCCCCAAAUAGGGGCCACAUUUGUGUCAUCUACACUGGCUAUUUAAUGUAAUUUCAAACCAGUUUUGCUAUGAAGAUGAUUACAUAGGAAAUCAUCCCAGAUGCUGAUUACACAAACCACAGAGCACUGGUGCAUAUGAAGGGCUUUCAUUUAUGUGCUUUUGUAAAAGUUGUCUAGCCACCAUAGUUCAAAGUGUAGAUAGAGCCUCAGUCUUGAUUUGCCCAUGGUCCAAUAAGGGUAAAUUACAUGGGUGUUUACAAUAUAAGGCAGUGCUAACAAUGGGUUCGCCAACUCCAGUCCCUUGCAAGGACUGUGUUGCGCUCCAAGGCUGGGAUUUAUCUCUGUACUCGACGCACAAAUCAAUCCCUGAAUAUCAAGCAAAAGGUGGGUGCUAGAAACAAUAUCAUACGAAAGCUGACUGGCACAACCUGGGGAUCACAACCAGACACAAUGAAGACAUCUGCCCUUGCGCUAUGCUACUCUGCUGCUGAGUAUGCAUGCCCAGUGUGGAACACAUCUCACCACGCUAAAACAGUGGAUGUGGCUCUUAAUGAGACAUGCCGCAUUACCAUAGGAUGUCUAUGCCUUACGCCGCUGGAUAAAUUAUACUGGUUAGUUGUCAUUGCACCCCCUGAUACUCAUUGGGAAGUAGCAGCCAGCAAUGAAAGGACCAAGGCAUUGACAUCUCCGGCCCAUUCUUUGUUUGGAUAUCAGUCAGCAUGUCAAUGACUUAAAUUAAAAAAAACAACAACUUCCUAAGAUCUACAGAGAUACUCGCAGGAACACCUCAGCAAACGAGAGUCCAAAAGUGGCAGGUAAGAACCUAAACCUCAAUCAGUGGCUGUGACCUUAUGAGAAACUCCCUCUUAGACACACAGAAGACUAGGUAACUUGGAAGGCACCACAAGGUGCAGAGCCAAUCUUAAGAAAUGGGGCUACAAAAUGGAGUCCAUGACAUGCGAGUGUGGAGAAGAGCAAACCACUGACCACUUACCAUAAUGCGGUCUGAGCUCUGCCACAUGCACAACGGAGGACCUUACAGUGACACCAGAGGCACUUCAAGUGGUCAGCUUCGGGUCAAAGGAAAUUUAGCAUAAUGCCAUGUGUUUAACUUUGUGGUUUUUUAUACAUUAUAAAUAUAUUCUCAAUUAUCUUCUGACAUGAUAAAUAAAUAAAUCUCAAUCACA